AUGCAUUGUAUCAAACAAUUUAACUUCUUCGAAUCCUCUAGGAAGCAGUAUGUGUGUAGCAUUGUUGCUAGCUUUGUAACUUCUUUAUCGUCACCUACUUCACCUGGUACACUGAGUAUUAUCAAUACACAUUCAAAUCAACAAGGUUGUAGUACAAGUUCUGGUCUGUUGCCUAGUUCAACUACCAUACCUAGUCAAACCGGUGGCGAUGGUUUACCAGCACAAGAUGCUUCCUGUGAUACAUCAAAGAUCAAUCAAUCAGUCAGUCUUUGUCAUCAUUUGGCGUGA